CGGCCUGUCACUUACAGCAGGUGCUUGGUAUGCAACGAUGAUGACAAAACCAUAGAUGGAGGCAAGAGAGCAGUUUGCUCUGUGUGUGUGUGUGUGAGAGAGAGAGGAGUAGAAAAUGUUGUUUUAUGCUGUUGGUGGUGGAGGAGAGACAGAUACAGAGGAGGGGGGUAAACAUGGUGAUGGAGAGUGAGUGAGAGGGAGCGAGAGGGGGGGAGGAGCAGAGAGAUGAUUCCUCUCUAAUCCUCUAGACGCACGCUCGGUCUGGCUGCCUCCUGGCUCAGAGAGGAAGAGGGAGACGGAGGCAGGUGAAGGCGAACGGAGAGAAACCAGGAGGGAAAAAGGGGGAAGGAGGAGAGAGAGAAGAGAAAAAAAACAAGAUGAAGGGAAGAGAAGAAACCAGAACUGCCUCUGUGCGUACAGCACGCUGAGACGGGAGAGGAGAGCCGGAGAAACAUGCAAGUCUCUGAGUGUGAGGAAGGAGCCUGAGGAAGAACACGAUGCUUCGAUCCUGCUGUUCCUGAGCCGAACCGGGAGAGCACGAAGGCGCAACAGGAGGAGGGCGGCCAGCAGAAGAAACCCUUUAAAAAAGAAGAAAAAAAAAGAAAGAGCAGAUCAAGAGAAGCCUGGGGUCCAAAGAGAGAAGCGGCGGGGGGGAAAACAUGGAGGAGAGAAUCAGGAGCAAAGAAGCAGAUCCUUCAAAAGUCUGGCUCACUUACGCACAUGGACCCGAGCCCGACCAAACUUACUACGAGAUGCUGUCAAAGAAAAAAGCGUGACAGGGUGGCGUGUUGGUGAUGGAUGUCCGCCUGCACGGAGCGCUGCUUCUCCAAAGCUCAGCGGGAGUAGAUGAGAGCCGGGUUCUCCUCUAAUCCAGGUGUGUGCGUGAGAACAUAUGGCAAAGCAGAUGUUUGGGAAGUAAACGGAGACCAGGGGUCGCCAGAGGAGAAACGGAGAGGAAAGGGGAAGACACGCUCACGUGUAAGUGAGUUGACAGAGGAUUAGAUAGAUAUCAGGACUGUGUGUGUGUGUGUGUGUGUGUGUGUGUGUGUGUGUGUGUGUGCAGCUCGCACAGUCCGACCAUCCAGGAGCUGUGAGGGCAGUAUGAGAGUGUGAUUGAAGCGAGUCAGAGCACCGUUACACCUGGAGACCCACCUGAAGCCCCUCUCUACCUCAUCUCUGCACAACAAGUGGACUUUGAGCACUUUAUCACCAGCACUGGUUGCAUUCCUGCUGGCUGGGAAGCCCACUGGGGUGUCACUCCUGAUUUCCUUAACCCAGUGGAUGCCCACUAGCUCUCGCCAUGGGAGAAUGGACCAUCCUAGAGCGCCUCCUGGAGGCUGCUGUGCAGCAGCACUCUACUAUGAUUGGAAGGAUAUUGCUGACGGUUGUGGUGAUCUUCCGUAUCCUGAUCGUGGCCAUUGUGGGAGAGACGGUGUACGAAGAUGAACAGACCAUGUUUAUAUGUAACACUCUGCAGCCAGGCUGCAACCAAGCCUGCUAUGACAAAGCCUUCCCAAUCUCCCACAUCCGCUACUGGGUCUUCCAGAUCAUACUGGUAUGCACUCCCAGUCUGUGCUUCAUCACCUACUCCGUCCACCAGUCAGCCAAGCAAAGAGACCGGCGUUACUCUUUCCUCUAUCCCAUAAUGGAGAAGGACUAUGGGGGAAGGGACGGUGCGCGGAAGCUGCGCAACAUAAACGGGAUCCUCGUCCAGCAUGGUGGGGAUGGUGGGGGAGGGAAGGAGGAACCUGACUGCUUGGAGGUGAAGGAGAUCCCUAACGCCCCUCGGGGUCUCACCCAUGGGAAGAGCUCCAAAGUUCGACGACAGGAAGGCAUCUCACGCUUUUACAUUAUUCAAGUGGUGUUCCGAAACGCGCUGGAAAUAGGCUUCCUGGCGGGCCAGUACUUCCUCUACGGCUUCAGCGUGCCCGGGAUUUUCGAGUGCGACCGCUACCCCUGCCUCAAGGAGGUGGAGUGCUACGUGUCCCGGCCCACGGAAAAGACUGUGUUCCUCGUGUUUAUGUUUGCUGUGAGCGGCAUCUGCGUGGUGCUCAAUCUGGCCGAGCUCAAUCACCUGGGCUGGCGCAAGAUCAAGGCCGCCAUCAGGGGAGUCCAGGCCCGCAGGAAGUCUAUCUGCGAGAUCCGGAAGAAGGAUAUGGCGCAUCUGUCCCAGCCACCAAACCUGGGACGUACUCAGUCCAGCGAGUCCGCCUAUGUCUGACAUAAAUAUUGAAACAGGAAGAAAAGGAAGGGGGGGGAGUGGGAUGAAUGUGCUGGGGGGAACAUUAUGGAGGCAUUGGGGGUCAAACAAGACAAUCUUUCUUUUGUGAUGAUAGAAGAAAACAGAAUGUAAAACGACCAACAGUCGGGCUCUGCAAUGAAAGUCUGUAGAAAGAGGCAGAGGAUGGAGAACGUCACAAAGUCUAAAACAGGACUAAAGGUUUUUCUCUGCAGAAUGGACUUAAUUAACUCAGUGGUCUCAUAAGAAGAUCUUCCUGCCAUUUUAUAUUUCUCUUUUAUAACUCAUUACCUGCUAUCCUCUGUAACAGGUAAAAUCAAACCCAGAUGGGGCUAGAGAGGGAAGAAUGAAAAAAA